AUGGCAACAGCAAUGGGCUGCUCAGCCUGUCUGGACCUCGACUACGACCGCUACGACAAGCCGGUGCGGGAGCCGUAUUUCUACGAAGGCCAGGGGCUGCGGUACCACAUCACGUCCUUUUGGGAGCUCGAGCAGCGGGCGGCGCAGGGAUGCCACAUCUGCGACGUGCUGCACCGCGGCAUCAAGGCGGUCUGGGACGUGGCGGGCGUGGGGCUGACGAGCCACGCCGCCAGCGAGCGCGAGCAGCAGAUGCGCCGCUCCACCUGGCCCAUCCCAGCCCACGACCGCAAGGACUCCCUGUUCUCGCCGCGGCCCGAGCCGAGACGCGCCGAAGAAGACGAGAACACCAAGUUCUACCGGCCCUGCAUCGAGCUGAGGCCGGGCCGCACCCUGCUCGUCUCGCACGCCCUGUACAAGCGCGUGGUGCCGGCCGAGGGCGGCGGCGGCGGCGGCGGCGGCCACAAGCUGGGCCCCAAUCCGCUCGAGUUCGAGCAUUUCAUGAGAAGGGCUCCGCUGGAGUUCUACACCCUCGCCGGCACCCCCAGCAUCCACCCAUCCUUCGGCUCCACCGACCACAUCCCCGCCACCCUCACCCGCUCCCACUACCGCCGCAAACUCACCCAAUGGCUCACCCACUGCACCACCCACCACCGCACCUGCUCCUCCUCCCCAACCACCACCUCCCCCCCACCACCACCCCCCAAACGCCUCAUCCACAUCACCACGCCCCCCAACUCUCCCCACCCGUACCCCCACCUCCGCCUCCUCCUCACCCCUCCCACCUUCUCCCUCCCCUACACGACCCUCUCCCACUGCUGGGGCGCCCCCACCGCCUCGCGCGCCCUCAAGAAGACGACGCGCGCCACGCUCGCCGCGCACCUCGCGCCCGACGGUUUGGAAUACUCGUCGCUCCCGCGCCUCUUCCGCGACGCCGUCGACGCCGCCCUCGCGGCCGGCUGCGCCCACCUCUGGAUCGACUCGCUGUGCAUCGUGCAGGACUGCGCCGCCGACUGGCGCGAGCACGCGUACGCGAUGGCCGGGAUAUAUUCGCGGGCGUGGAUGAACGUCGCGGCGACGGCGUUGGGGGAUUCGGAGGGGGGGUUGUUUGGGGAGGGGGGGGAGGAGGGGGAAGGCGAGGGUGAGGGGGAGGGGGAGGGUGGUGACGAUGUGGGGGGUGGAGGUGGCGGUGGAGAAGGGAGGAGGGAGCAUGCGUGCGAGCCUGGGGCCGGGAGGGUGGCGGCGACGGCGGCGGGGAGGAAGGUCGGGAUGGGGGCGAGGGAGCUGGUACUGGAGAGGGGGAGGAAUGGGGGAGCUGGGGCGUCGGUGUGGGUGCGGCCGUUCCCGCAGGUGACGCAUGGCAACUUCUUGCUGCGGAGCCCAGAGGAUCCCGCCAGCCCGCUGCUGCAGCGCGGGUGGGUGUUCCAGGAGAGGCUGCUGAGCCGGCGCACGCUGCACUGCACCGCGUCGGAGCUGGUGUGGGAGUGUCGCGAGUGUACGUGGUGCGAGUGCGGGGAUCUGGGGAAGCUGAUCAGCGGCGGCGAUGGCCAUGGCCAUGGCGCUGCAGGCCAUGGGGUUGGAGCUGGAGCGGCCGAGGAACACGAGACGCCCGCCUUAGUAGCUGCCCAGCGACGCUCGACCAAGGUGCAGUUCCAGAACAUGUUCGAGCCCGGGGCGACGCCGCAGUCGCUGCUGGGCGACUGGCUGUCCGUCGUCACCCGCUACAACCACCUGCAGUUCACCAACCCGGGCGACCUGCCCUUCGCCUUCGCCGGCGUCGUGCAAAAGGUGCGCGACCGCAUCGCCCACAGCGGCGGCCGCUACCUCGCCGGCCUGUGGGAGGCGGACCUGCCGCGCAGCCUGCUGUGGGUCGGCAACAAGAAGAGGCUGGACCACGCCCGGGGGAGCCGCCUGCAUCCGGUCGACUGGGAGGACGUCGGCCACGGCCCGCCGAGCUGGUCGUGGCUGUGGUAUUCGGCCUGGCCCGGCGCCCGGAGCGCCCAUUACUACGGCUAUCUGGAGAGGGUCGUGGUCGACGACCACGCCGUCGUGCAUCCCGACCGCACUUUUUGCGACACCGAAGACGGGAAUCCGUUCGGCAGCGUUGUCCGGGGCGUCUUGACCCUGAGCGGACGCGCCAUCCAGGGCAAGCUCCGAGCGGGCGAGCCGAAGGCGGUGCCGAAGGGCUUCUCCUACAGCCACGUCAGGGAGGACGCGUACGUCACCUUCGACAAGUUUGACCGCGAGCUGGGCUUCCCGUUCGGCACUGAUUUCUUCCUCCUUGUGCGAGACGCCGGGGGCGAGGAGAUGGAGCAGGAUGUCACCUGCCUGCUCGUCGGCCAUGAGAGAGAAAGAGGCGGCGCCUAUUCCAAAAAGGAGCUUCGCUUCUUCGUGCUCGUGCUGGCCCGGGUCGGACGAGGGCAGAGCUACAGGAGGAUGGGCAUUGCGAGGUGGCCGAAAUCAAGUCAGGUAUUUGGUGGAGAGGCUGUGGCACAGUUGGAGAUAGUAUAG